UCGAACAAAAAAUUUUCGAAUAAAUAUUUCAAAUAAUUUACAUAAAUUAUCAAAAACGUUAUCGAAUUAUUUGUAAGCGUCUCUAUUUUCACUACCAUUUUCUGUGUCAAAUAUUUAAAAUCAGAUCAGUGAACUGUCAAAAAAAAAACUUUUUAUCAAUUGGUGUAAAUACCAAAAGAGGGAAUGCAAGUGAUUCGAAAUUUUCGAAUAAUUAUCAUGAUUUUUCUAAUACAUUCUGUGGUAGGGGAACCAACAUACUGUGAAUCGGGGUUAUGCCAAGUCAAUGAAUAUUGUUGCGGUGAAAAUGAUUGUUGUGCCCAAUCAAUGGAUAAUUGGUUUUUAUGGUUUGGAGUAUUAUUAAUAAUAAUCGCAUUAGCGAUCGGAUGCAUGAUACGUGGAUUUUGUUCCCGAUAUAAAAUGAAAAAUUACCAAUAUUACACUCAACUACAAAAGAAUAACGAUGAAGAUCUGGUGAAUAAUUUAUAUAAAGCUGUUCCUGGAAGCGUUUAAAUUUUGUUUAAUUACAUAAACACAUAUUUUUUAAAAUUUAAACGAAGGAGAUAUGGUAAAAAAAAAGACUAAAUA